CCCUUCGUACCUUGUCUCAUUUCGGAUGCCGUAUCUACUUUUGGCUCCCACUGGUUCCCAGGACGGCGACGGGCUUUUGCAAGAUCCUUAUGUUCGUCAAAUUCCGUUCAAACCUUCAUAAAUUUAUGAGGUCUUGGGCUUUGGCAUAUACCUUGUGACCUGAUCUACGGCAAGGCCCGUUCAACUCGAUCUGCUAUGGGUCGAUUGGUGAACAGCUUUCCCGCCGCGCAUCUGCAUUAGUCCAUGGCGUUGCAUUGAAGUCAUCUUUUGUGGAGCUUACUCAUCAUACGGCGCUUGUUGCCGUUGGGCACAUUCUCACAUUCUGGUCCCCGUGUUCGAGCUUCAAGGUGAUAGUUUCCUGAUGGAACACACGCCGAAUUCAUGCCGUGUGAUGAUACCAGGCCUCAUGCCUUCGAAGGAUCAAGUCAUUAUCUCUGACUUUGAGUCUUUAUUAAGUAUUGAACCCUCUCUUUGAUGACACUGUUCAAUUUCCAUUCAUAUGACCCUACUUUACGAGAUAUUUGACGGGAUAUUCCGUUCUGCUCACCGCUCCGUCUAUGACUGUCUAUGAGCGUUUUUUCUUCACGGAUAUCACUAACGCUCUCAUAUCGGAUUGCCCAACUCACCGGCCCGCUCCAUCUCCACCGCAACUUAUGAUCGAGACGGCCUGGUGCAUAUCGAUAUCUAUGCGUGCUCACGAGCUCACUCGCGUACGAAAUACUCCUCCGACUCAUCGUGAAUCCAGGCUUGGUUUUGGAUUGGAUAUGGAGUCUAGAUCACCUACUCGCCGUAAAGGUAAAUCCUCGAUGACUCCGGCUUCAUCGCUAAAUAACCUAGAGGUCCUUAACGAUGUUAUCCGCACCACAAAGUCGAGCGGCUCGUCGCAAGGGCGCGUUUCGAUUCUCCUCAUUCUCGAUCCGCCGAUUUUCGUAUCUGAUGGAAUGGACGUCGUCGGUCGAAUUCGAAUGCACGGAGCGGGUGUGCCGGGAUCUCGAGACGUCUUCGGAUCAAUAUCACCUCACUCAGGCGUGUCUCAUCUGGGGUCCGUUCUGUCGAUAGCAAAGAUGGCAUAUCCCCAUCUUUGCAGAGUCAUCCACUAUCGCGACAUGGCUCCAAGGAUUCACACCAGUAGAAGCGGCGAAUAA